AUGCAGGUGCAUUAUCUUCAGAAGGAAGUAAAGAUGGAUGGGAAUGGUAUGAGGAUCCCAGAUGUGGUUGCCUUGGAUAUAUGGGCAUCUUUCCUUCCUAAACGACACUCCUCAUCUUCAGAGGAACCAGAAGCGGAAUCACUAGGCUGGGGAGGCGGCAUUGAUUAUGCAGGUGCAUCAUCUUCAGAAGGAAACGACACUUGGACUGACAAAGAAGCUGAGGAAAAACAUUUUGUUCUAUGGAGAUUGGAUAAGGGAGUAGCACAAGGCUCGUCAGAGAUUCCAAAAAGUGAGGCAAUGCCCCUGGAAUAUAACUUGGAUGGUUUGAAUGCAAUAAGCUUUGAUAAAGGAUGCUACUUAGGACAAGAACUUGUGGCUCGAACACAUAAUGUUUGGGUUAUUCAAAAGCGGUUGCUUCCUUUAGAAUUUCUAGAUGACAAUAGAAAGGAGGUGGAAGGUAAAGUUGUUCCAAAAUUACAAGUAAUUGCUGAAUCAUCUGGGAAAAAAGUGGGUAUCAUCACUGCAGCAUUGGGGAGCCGUGGCCUUGGUCUUCUAUGUUUAGAUGCAGCUUUCAAAGAGCAAGGCUCUUUGUCCAUACAAGGUCAGGAAAAUGUCAAGGUUAAGGCCCGAAAACCAGAUUGGUGGCCGUCUUGGUGGCUUGCGGAGGAUCAACAGAGCGCAGCAGCUUAG